AUGUCCAACAGCAGCUCCAUCAGGCACUUCCUCCUGCUGGCAUUGGCAGACACGCGGCAGCUGCAGCUCCUGCACUUCUGUUUCUUGCUGGGCAUCUCCCUGGCUGCCCUCCUGGGCAACGGCCUCAUCAUCAGCGCCGUAGCCUGCAGCCACCACCUGCACACGCCCAUGUUCUUCUUCCUGCUCAACCUGGCCCUCAGCGACCUGGGCAUGAUCUGCACCACUGUCCCCAAAGCCAUGCACAAUUCCCUCUGGCACACCAGGACCAUCUCCUACUCAGGAUGUGCUGCACAGGUAUUUUUCUUUGCCUUUUUCAUUGAAUCAGAAUUUGCAUUUCUCACCAUCAUGUGCUAUGACCGCUACAUGUCCAUCUGCAAACCCCUGCACUACGGGACCCUUCUGGGCAGCAGAGCUUGUGCCCACAUGGCAGCAGCUGCCUGGGCCAGUGGCUUUCUCUUUGCUCUGCUGCACACAGCCAAUACAUUUUCCCUGCCCCUGUGCCAUGGCAAUGCCCUAGGCCAGUUCUUCUGUGAAGUUCUCCAGAUCCUUAAACUCUCCUGCUCACAUUCCAGCUUAAGGGAAGUUGGGCUUCUUGUGGUCACUUUUUGUUUAGGUUUUGGUUGUUUCGUGUUCAUGGUUUUUUCCUAUGUGCAGAUCUUCAGGGCUGUGCUGAGGAUUCCCUCUGAGCAGGGACGGCACAAAGCCUUUUCCACCUGCCUCCCUCACCAGGCCGUGGUCUCCCUGUUCCUCAGCACUGACACAUUUGCUCACCUGAAGCCCCCCUCCAUCUCUUCCCCAUCCCUGGAUCUGGCAGUGUCAGUUCUGUACUCGGAGGUGCCCCCAGCCCUGAACCCCCUCAUCUACAGCCUGAGGAACCAGCAACUCAAGGAAUCUCUCAGGAAAGCUGAACCCAAUGGGGAGGAAAAGCCCUGGACAUCCCACAGGAGGAGGGGCUGCAAACCCAGCCCAGGAUGCUCUGAGGAGGAAAGACCUACCCUGGGCCAGGAAGGUGAACAGAGCUUCAGCCAGAGCUUAGAACUGGUGAUCCACGAUCAGCUUCAUGAUGGAGAGAAGUGCUACAAGUGCUUGGAGUAUGGGAAGAGCUUCAGGCAGAGCAGCACCCUGAUCCAGCACGAGAUGAUCCACACUGGGGAAUGGCCCUAUGAGUGUGGGGAAUGUGGGAAGGGCUUCAGCUGCAGCUCCACCCUUGUGACCCACCAACGCAUCCACACUGCGGAAAGGCCCUGCGAGUGUCCCGAGUGCCAGAAGAGGUUUCAGACCAGCUCCACUCUCCUCCUGCACCAGCAGAUUCACUCAGAUGAGAGGCCCUUCUGCUGCCCCAACUGUGGGAAGGGCUUCAAGCACAACUCUCACCUCAUCACCCACUGGCGCACCCACACUGGGGAGAGGCCCUACGUGUGUCCCCAGUGUGGGAAGGGCUUCACCAGCAGCUCUCACUCUACCAGACACCAAUGGAGGCACCAGUAA